AUGGAAGACAAAGGACCUGAAGCCGACGCGCUGGCAUCUCACUUCGCCGCCCGAGACGCCCUGAUAUCCAAGGAACUCUCCCUCCGCAGCGAUACUGCCUUUCGCAAUGCUCUGUCACCCGUCGCCAGCCAAGCAUGUGCCAUCGUCUCCCAUAUCCGAGAGGCAGAGCACGCUUCGAUCUGGAAACAUGAUCCGUCCAAUCCAGAUAAUGAAGAAGGCAUCGAACUGUACCCAGGCAUGAUGUUCGGGCUAGCCAAGCGGAAGCUUGAAUCCACGCAUCUGUGGAGAAUAGCCAAGCGGAUGCCCAAGGGGGCGUUGUUGCAUUGUCACUUGGGCGCCAUGGUAGAGGUAGACUGGCUGUUUGAACAGAUCCUUGCCGUCGAGGGGAUGCAUGUAUGUGCCUCUGAGGCGUUGGAUACAGAGGCUGCGAGGGCCAGGGCAGUCGUACUGUUCAAAUAUAUCACUCCCAAGCCAGGUUCGAGCCAUGUAUCUAUCUGGUCGUCUGAAUACCAGCCAGAUACGUACGUACCUGCCGCCGAAGCAGCUGAUGCAUUCCCGUCAACUGGCCGGCAGGGAUUCGUGAACUGGCUUUACGACCGAAGUGUAAUAAGCGAACGAUCGUCUAUCGAGCACCAUCUGGGUGUGGACGAGGUAUGGCGGAAGAUGGCCGCUGCGUUUCCCACGCUGGGCUCGCUAUUGGGGUAUGAGCCUGUCUACCGGCUAUUUCUUCGGAAGAUGCUACAGAAUCUGGCGGCGGACGGGGUGCGCUGGGUAGAGAUACGUGAUGUAUUUGGCUCACCGUUUGCCAGGGAGGGGCAGGAUGUGCCGGAUACAGGGUUCAAUUACCGUGUUGCCGUGAUGGGGGAGGAGAUUGAAGCGUUUAAAAAGACGGAGGAAGGCAAGAACUUCUGGGGUGGCCGACUCAUAUGGACUGCUCUACGAUUUUUAGAUGCCGAUUCUAUAGUUACCACUAACAAACGGGAUCCAGGCAUGAAGGACUGUCUAGAAGCGAAAAAGGCACACCCUCAUCUGGUAGCUGGCUUCGACCUGGUCGGCCAAGAAGACCUGGGCCAAACGCUCGCGGCCUUAAUGCCUCAAAUCCUGUGGUUCCGGCAACAGUGCGUAUCUCAGAACUUAAACAUACCCUUUUUCUUCCAUGCCGGUGAAUGCCUGGGAGACGGUGACAGCACUGACCGCAACCUCUACGACGCGAUCCUGCUCAACACCCGACGAAUCGGUCAUGCGUUCUCGCUCUUCAAACACCCGCACCUAAUCGACAUUGUCAAGCAGCGCCGCAUCAUGGUUGAGAGCUGUCCUAUCUCCAACGAAGUGCUGCGGUUGACUGCCACUGUCCUAGCACAUCCCUUGCCAGCCCUGUUGGCGCGCGGGGUAUCUGCAUCGCUGAGCAACGAUGACCCUGCGCUGUUGGGACAGGGGACGUCAGGUAUGUCUCAUGAUUUCUGGCAGGCGGUGCAGGCCUGGGAGAACCUGGGGCUGGCGGGACUGGGCUCGCUGGCAGAGAAUAGUGUGCGGUAUGCUGCUUUUGAAGAUGAGGAUGACGAGCAGUGGGUGGGGGGUAUCGAUAAAGGGUAUGAGGGUGGUGGCGUCAAGGCAGAGAGGAUGAAGCUGUGGCGACAAGAGUGGGAAGCCUUUUGCCAGUGGAUUGUAGACGAGUACGGUGCGGAGUUUGCGAAGUAG